GUGUGAGCUCAACAGAGGUCUACCCUACUGUCAGACCCAUUCUAACCAUAGAAAGAUCCCAGAACUCAUCACCAGCUGAACCAUUAUUCACUUGAUCAUGACGCCCCAAUGUUCUCUGGACAGAUCAAUUUCCUUCUCAGUAGUUCAAAUGAAUUUAUUAUACACAAGUUAUCACCCCAAGGCUACAUUUGAGGUGAGGGCCAUUUGAAGAGCUUUUCACACAUCAAGAUGUUCCCUCCAGACGUGUGGAAUUCUACGGACCUGAUGUGGUUCAAUGCGUCUGAGUUGAAUGCUUCUCUGGAGGACCCGGAGGAGGGGGACCACCCAUUCCUGACGGACGCCUGGCUGGUGCCGCUCUUCUUCGCCCUCAUCAUGCUGGUAGGGCUAAUUGGGAACUCGCUGGUCAUCUAUGUCAUCUCCAAACACAGGCAGAUGAGGACGGCCACCAACUUCUACAUAGCUAACCUGGCUGCGACAGACAUCAUCUUCCUGGUGUGUUGUGUCCCGUUCACAGCCACUCUCUACCCGCUCCCUGGAUGGAUAUUUGGGAACUUCAUGUGUAAAUUUGUUGCUUUUCUUCAGCAGGUGACUGUUCAGGCUACAUGCAUCACCCUCACUGCCAUUAGUGGGGAUCGCUGCUAUGUCACAGUGUACCCUCUAAAGUCCCUACGCCAUCGCACUCCACGAGUCGCCAUGAUCGUUAGCAUCUGUAUAUGGAUCGGUUCCUUCAUUCUAUCCACCCCGAUCUUCAUGUACCAGAGGAUUGAGGAGGGCUACUGGUAUGGACCGAGACACUACUGCAUGGAGAGGUUUCCCUCUAAGACCCUGGAGAGGGCUUUCAUCCUGUACCAGUUCAUAGCUGCCUACCUACUACCUGUCAUUACCAUCUCCUUCUGCUACACACUCAUGCUGAAGAGGGUGGGCCAGCCGUCAGUUGAGCCAGUAGACAAUAAUUACCAGCCGGUCCACCUGUUGUCUGAGAGGACCGUCACACUGAGGAGUAAGAUCUCCAAGAUGGUGGUGGUGAUUGUCCUCCUUUUCACCAUCUGCUGGGGGCCUAUACAGCUCUUCGCCCUGUUCCAGUCCUUCUACUCCAACUACAGGGUCAACUACGCCACCUAUAAGAUCAAGACCUGGGCUAACUGCAUGUCCUACGCUAACUCCUCCAUCAACCCAAUCGUUUAUGGCUUCAUGGGAGACAGUUUCCGCAAGUCCUUCAAAAAGACUUUCCACUUCCUGUUCAAACACAAAGUGAGAGACAGCAGUGUCACGUCACGCACGGCUAAUGCAGAAAUCAAGUUAGUUGCUGCAGAGGAAGGCAACGACGAAGGGAAAUGAGCCUUGGGCUGAGUGAGCUGCUGAGGGGGCAAAGCUGA